AAACCGUAAAUUGUGUUCAGUGUUGAAAUAGAUUUAAUAUUGAUGAUUCUAAAAUGAUGAACUUCUUAAAAUUUGGUUCCAAUAGGAACGAAAAUUCUAUGCCAAUUAAAAAUGAAAUUCGAUUAUAUGUUCACGAUGAACUCCAUAUCGUCAAAACAGAUAAUUUUUCUCCUAGCACUUCUUUAAAUACUUAUUUAAGGAAACAAUCAAAUUUAACCGGAACGAAAGUGAUGUGUAGAGAAGGUGGUUGUGGUUGUUGUGUUGUUACGGCUAUUAUCAAACAUCCAGUUACAACGAAAGAAGUUGUAUUAGCUGUUAAUUCUUGUUUAGUGUCAAUAUUUUCAUGUGAAGGUUGGAGAAUAGUAACAAUAGAAGGUUUAAAAGAUAGCAAAGGAAAUUAUAACGCAAUACAAGAAGCUUUAGUAAAAUAUAACGGGACGCAAUGUGGAUUUUGUACACCGGGUAUGAUUAUGUCAGCUUAUGCAGCAUUGCAAAAUCCAAAUUUAACCAAAGCUGAUAUGGAAAAUUCUUUGGGAGGUAAUCUUUGUCGUUGUACCGGUUAUAGGCCGAUUUUAGAAGCAUUCAAAUCUUUAUCUAAACUGGAAAAUGAUUUGCCAUGUAAGGCGCAUGACAUCGAAGAUAUGCCGAGUUGUCCGUUAAAAGACGAACUUAACGAUUGGACUCAAUUAUUUCCCUUAAACACAACACCGUUUGGAUUAGAAUUGAGCGAAUCAUCUUGGUACAAAGUCUUCACGAUUAAGGAGAUCUUCGAAUUAUUCGCCAAAUAUCCACAAGCUACUUAUCAAUUAGUUGGGGGAAAUACCGCGAAAGGUGUUUAUAGAACCGCUGAUAAAGAGCUAUACAUAGACAUUUCUGGAGUGAAAGAACUGCGCUUGACGAGAGUAGCAACUAUUGGAGCUGGAACAACAUUGAAUGAGUUAAAAGAUUUUUUUAGAUCAACUGCAAAGUCGAAGUCUUUUGGCUAUAUGAAUAAACUUGCUGAUCAUGUUGAUUUAGUAGCUACUGAUCCGAUCAGAAAUAUUGGAACUAUUGCAGGAAAUCUUUCGAUUAAAUAUGAACAUAAUGAAUUUCCAUCAGAUAUUUUUCUUAUUUUAGAAGGUGUAGGUGCCACACUCAAUAUAGUAUCCAAAGAUAAAACACAAACAGUAACUUUAGUCGACUACCUAAAAAUGGAUAUGAAACAGAAAGUAAUAAAGGAGAUAACAUUUCCACCAUUGAAUACAUCAUAUCUCUUCGACAGUUAUAAAAUUAUGCCACGUGCUCAAAACGCACAUGCAAUGGUAAACGCAGCAUUUCUACUUCAGCUUAAUGGAAAUUCAGUUGUUGAAAACGCAAGAAUUGUGUAUGGUGGGAUAAAUCCAAAAUUUAUUCACGCAACAAAAUUGGAAUCUACUAUUAAAAACAAAAAACUAUUUGAUGAUGCCUUCUUGCAAUCGUGUUACAAAACUUUAGAUGAUGAAUUAAAUCCGGAUUACGUAUUACCAGAUCCCAAACCAGAAUUUCGUAAAGGUUUAGCAAUUGCCCUUUUUUACAAAUAUGUUUUGAGUAUAGCCCCUCAAUAUAUGGUAAAUGAAAGGUACUAUUCUGGUGGAAAAAAGUUGGUGAGGCCUAUUUCAACUGCAACUCAAGAUAUUUUGAACCCACAAAAAGAUAUUUAUCCUAUAACAGAAGCUAUUUCGAAAUUAGAAGCGAAAGCUCAGGCUUCAGGUGCUGCCAAAUACGUUAUGGAUUAUCCUGACGAACCUAGACAGGCGUUUGCUGCUUUAGUUCUUGCCAAAGCAGCACCUUAUUCAACCUUUGAUGCCAUUGAUACUUCUAAAGCAUCGAAAGUUAAAGGAUUUUUAGGAUUUUAUUCAUCAAAAGAUAUUCCUGGUAACAAUUUUUUUACUAGCUUUCUGCCAAAGCAAGAAAAAAUAUUUGCGGAUAAAAUGAUAGAAUAUUAUUCACAACCUGUUGGUAUGGUGUUAGGCACUACUCAAGAAAUAGCGGAACGUGCUGCUGAUUUGGUAACUGUACAAUACACCAAGCCAACGAAAAAACCCUUAUUGACAAUACCAGAUAUAAUUAAAAAGAAUGAUACGACAAAAAUAGUAAUAGAUAGCAAAGUUGACAGAAAAACUAAAGGAAAUGAUAUUAAACGUGAAAUAAAAGGUAAUUAUCUUUCUUCAUUACAAUAUCAUUUUCAUAUGGAAACGCAUAGUUGUAAUGUAAUUCCGGUUGAGGAUGGUUUAGAUGUAUUCCCUACAACUCAAUGGAUUGAUAUUGUACAACAUGCGAUUUCUGAUAGUUGUAAAAUUCCAGCAAAUAAGAUUAAUGUGCAUGUUAGACGUUGUGGGGGUGGAUACGGUGGAAAAAUAACUCGAAAUGCGAUGUUUUCAUGUUACGCAGCUCUUGGGGCGCAUUUAGAAAAGCGGCCAACUAAAAUUUGGAUUCCGUUUGAAACAAAUAUGACAGCAGUCGGGAAGAGAAUACCAUGUUAUGCAACAUAUGAAGUUGGGGUUAACGAUAAAGGUGUUAUCCAAUAUUUAGACAUAGUUGUAUACGCGGAUUAUAGCACUUGUGGAAAUGAACCAAUAAUAAAUGUUUUAAUUCCAAUGGUUUUGAAUGGAUAUAAAACCGAUCCGAUUGAUAUUACAUCCUAUCAUACAUUAACUGACACGGCAGGAAAUAUAAGCUGUAGGGCACCAGGCACCACUGAAGGACUUGGUUUAAUUGAAACUGUCAUGGAACAUAUUUCUUAUGAACUCAAACUUGAUCCCAUCGAUGUACGAUUAGCGAAUUGGGAUGACAAAACUCACCCAAAAGUAUUAGAAUUUAUUAAACAAUUUUUAAUCGAUGCCGAUAUUAAGGAGCGAAUGAAAAACAUUGAAGAAUUUAACAAAAAUAAUAGGUGGAGGAAAAAAGGUUUAUCCACAGUAACGAUGGCCUAUCACUACGAACUUUUUGGCGAUUGGAAUGUGAUGAUAUCCGUUUAUCACGUUGAUGGAACUGUGGCUGUUUCACACGCGGGUAUCGAAAUUGGACAAGGAAUAAAUACUAAGGUAGCUCAAGUUUGUGCUUAUUGCCUUGGAGUUCCUUUAGACGCAAUUCAAGUAAAACCAUCUAAUAAUAUGACAUCUCCGAACUGUAUAGCAACUGGUGGUAGUGCCACUAGUGAAUCAGUUUGCCACGCCGUUAUUAAAGCAGCGGAGAUUCUUACAAAUCGUAUGAAACCGGUGAAAGAAAAAAUAAAAGAUCCCACUUGGUUAAAGAUCGUGCAAGAAUGCUACAAUCAAAGCAUUCCAUUAUAUGCUACAUAUUCAUUCAACACAAAAGAAGUGCAACCUUAUGUUAUUUAUGGAAUAUGUGCCGCUGAAGUAGAAGUAGACAUUCUAACAGGUAAUCAUAUUACAACUCGCGUGGAUAUUCUCGAAGAUGUCGGGGAUAGUAUGAACCCCGCUGUGGAUAUUGGCCAAGUCGAAGGAGCUUUUGUGAUGGGUAUGGGUCUUUGGACAACUGAAGAAAUCAUUAUGGACCAAACCGGUGAAGUCAAAACAAACAGGACUUGGAAUUACAAAAUACCCGGGGCUAAAGAUAUUCCAGUUGAUUUUCGGGUCAAAUUUCCCAAAAAUAAUGCAAAUCCCGUUGGAAUUUUUAAGUCAAAAGCGGUCGGUGAGCCUCCUUUAUGUAUGGCAUGUGUAAUUCCAUUUGCUAUACGACAAGCUUUAGAUUCUGCUAGGAAAGAGUCAAAAACAAAAGAGUCAUCGUGGAUCCCUAUGAAUGGUCCCACAACUGUUGAAGCUACCUUUAUGAAUAGUUUAAAUGAUUAUACGCAAUAUAAAUUAAAUUAAUGUUGAUUUUUAUUAAUUGGGGAUUGAAAUAUUUAAAAAAAAUAAAUGAAAA